CGCUUCUCCGGGUCCGGUACCGGAUUUCUCCGACACUCCUUUGGUACCUUGGAGCCGGAACCGCAUGCGUUUCCUGUGCGGGUGCGGGGGGGGAUCUCAGAAACCCGGGAGCUGCUGGCUUCACGCAAGCCGCCAUUUCGGGGCGGCCGGCGACGGCUGCUCGUCGGUGCCUUUUGCAGUCACUUCCCGUAUCCAAUCGCUUUUAAUGUAAUACUGAGCAGCCUAAUUCAGCUUCACGUAGCCUAACAGAUUUUCCUUGCAGUGAGAUGGAUGGUGACGCAGAGCAGGCUGUGGAGUCCGCAGAUCCCCAUCCACCGUCCACGCAGGGGAGCGUAUUGGAGAGUAGAGACAGGUGUAACGUCGAGACGACGGCAUCCUGCCCUCUGCCUAGGGGAGGGAGGGUUAAAGGGCAUGGUCGAGAGGGGCGGAUAAGCAGAGGCAGCCGUGGUGGUCGGGGCUUAACGAUGAAAAGAUACGCCCCCUCCUGGCGAGGCAGAGGAAGGGACAACGCUGUGAAUGGCUUUGGACCUGGAAGGCGAGGGCUAGGAAGGAUGCGGCCGUACCCAGAGCUCCGGGGUCGACGGGCGGGGGCUGCCAUGGGAAUGAGUCCUCAUCCCCCUCCCCCGCUCCCACUUCCCACCCCACCGAUGCACGUGAGAGGGCUCCACCCACCCAUGAACAGGCCAGGGGGCCCUCUACCUCCUCCACGAUUUCCUAUCUGUCGGGGACCCCCCCCUCAUCUCCGCGAUCGGGGGUUUCCCCCAGGUCCACCUCGACAUUUUUGCCCCAGAGGGGUGACAUAGAAAUCCCUUCGAAGUCGGCAGUUGGUGGCCAUACAUCUCCGCCCCUCCCCCUCUCUCGAAGUCUGCAGCAGCCCUCCCCCCCCCCCCUGGGCAAGGUGAGUUUUCUUUUCACCCAGCUAUCCAGCUCUCUUGACUUCAGACUUUGCAGGAAUGGGACCGAGCAGGAAGGGAGUGCUCCUGGAGUUGAUCCUAACAAAUGGGAUGGAUUUUGACCGGCUUUUAUAGCAUGUGGACCCACAUACAAAAGGCCAGACAUGUUCAAAGGCAUGUAGUUAAAAAACUCUUUUGUCUGAAAAGUGAAUAAAGCUGUCAUAUACCUUUUAUUUAGCUGCCACUCUAAUGGCGAUUUUUCGCCGAUGUUCCCACUCAGAAAGUUGCCGCCUGCACGCUCAGAUGUUUCAAGAACUAAAGAAAUAUCUAACCUAGGAAGUUUAGUCAAGAUCGCAGCUAGCUAGCUGCUUAGCAAUUUGUGUUUAUUUAAUAUUUGUUGCAGUGAUUGUGGACACACAAACCCGCGCUUUGAGUGAUACACUGGAUGUAUGUAUCUUGCCCAAGCUCAGUAUCAUCAGGGCCCUCUAGGUAACUCUGGUACUGAAUCUCUUUAUAACUACUAUGCUGCACUGGUGUCCGAACACCUAAAAAGCAUCUAAUACUUUCCAUCACUGCUUUUUAAAUAAUACUUAUUAAAAUAACGAUUUAUUUAUGCAUAAUGGCCAUUAAUAAUACAGGGAACAUGUUUUGCUCAUUAUGAGAAAAUUAGUACAUAAUGUGCUUCUGUAUAUUCAUGUAGGUUUUCUACAGAUCAAACACAAAAAAUAGCUGUAUAGCUUUGUCUGCCCGCAGAAAUAAAAUUAUUAAAACUUACAUAUAUUUAAAAUGAAACAGAAAUCCAUCUCUUAAAUAAAAAGUAUUAAAACCAUACAAAAAUGAACUAGAAUGAAACUGGAUUUCAAAUGAAAAUUGGAAAUAAAACAAAUAGCUAAAAUAAAAUAAGAAACUAAAGCAACGCUGGCGUGAACAUCUGAAGUGGCAGCUCUGUCCGCUGAGGUCGGGCAGGAACUUCUAGACCAAAUUUUCAUUGAUCAGUUAUUUUUAUUUUUGAUAGUUAGUGAAUAUAAAACUAACCAUUUAGAUUACCCUAACCUACCACUGAAAUUUGCAUGUCCAACUCAAGAAUAAAGUUUAAUUUACAACAGUUUUGCCAUUUAAUGAAAUAUUUUGAGCUUGUAUAAGAGCAGAAGUUAGGAGGUAACUUGUGAAAUGUGAAUUAUGCAACAAAAAACACAACUUUUCACUUGGUGUGAUUUGGGAAACACCGGGAAAUUCCAGUGGGAAGUUUCAGCAUUACUUUGUCUUAUUUUGAAAACAUUUUUCAAAGCAAAAUGGUUUGUUUUCAUUGUUACAGCUAAAUCUGUUUUACAGCUGGUAAACUUAAACACGGUUACUUUAGCCUUU